AUAAGAAGUUUUAUAGUCAGACAUGGCAUAUUUUAGUAAGAGCUUUUCCUCCUCCAUAACACAUCCCAAACCAUAUAAUUUGGUAAGCAUAAGCAACAAUUGCUCGUGAAACCAAAGUUUCCUUUUAGAAAGAAAAUACAUAUUUAACUGCUUUAGGUAGUGAAGGACCACAUGUUUUGGUAAGGACUGAAUGAGGUUAAGAGUCUACCUUUGUUUUUCUGGAAUAAAACCCCAGUGAUGUGACCUCAUAACCGUGAAUGCUGAGCAAGCUCCCCUGCGCUCUAGAACUGGCUGUCAUGGUUUCACAUCUCCCCACCUGCAGUGUGCGACCUCAGCUAACAAAGGCAGCACGAGGGUCUUCGCUGCGACUAAAAAGAAGCAGAUCCAAGGAUCCAGUUUCUACUGCAUCAGCUAAAACCAAAGGAAAGAAAACAAAAAGAACACACAAAGAAUGGUAGAAAUAAAACAAAGUAUUACAAUACCUGCUUUGUACUGUUCAAGAAGGCAGAGUAAGGACUUCCUAGAAAACUUGUCCAACUUCCACAAGGAGCGGCUGUACAGGAUUUUGAAGGAAGAGCAAAGGGACUUCAAGAAGGAAAUUAAAGCCUUCUGCAAAGCAAAUAAGAAUUUCCAUGAGGAGAUAAGAGCCUUCCAGAAGGAGAGCAAAGCCUUAUGGAGGGAAAUCAACACCUUCCAGGAAAAUAACAAAGCUGUCAAAGAAGAGAUCAAGAAUGUUUUAGAACAGAGCGAGGACUUCUCACAAAAGAUCAGAGUCAUCCAGAUGAAGAAAAAUGUCUUCCAGAAACAAGUUGGUAACAUUCAGGUAAAGCUUGAAGAAUUCUGGAAUAAAAUGAAGGUUGCUGAGGAUUUGAUUGAGGUUCUUGGUGAAAGGAAUAAGGCUGGCCAGGAAGUGGUCAAGGCUUUCCUAAAACAGAAUCAAGAUAUCCAAGAACAGAAUAAAGCCAUGUAUGAGAAGAACAAAAUACUGCAGGGUAAGAAUAAAGCUAUGCAGGAAAAGAACAGGGCUUCCUGGAAGGACCAUAAAGUUCUCUGGAAGAAGGACAAGAUCUUCUGGGAUGAAGAGAUGGCCAUCUCAAGCAGCAAACUCAUUCUCUGGGAAGAAUCCAUAGCCUUCAAGGAGAAUGACUGGAAGAUUCAAAAAGAAAAAGAAGCUCUGGGAGAUGUGGUGGAAGCCCUGAAGUAUGAGAAAUUUUCCCUCUUGAAAAAUGUUUAUAUUCUUCCAGGAGAGAAGAAACUACCUGAAAGAGAAGAGAAAGACAAGCACAGACCAGCCGUGGGCACUGGAAGUGAAGCCUCAGAGCAAGUCGGGCAGAUCUGAAGCACGACUUCACUUUCAAACAGAACACAGCUGGGCUUUAAUUCUUUUACCUAAAAAUAUUUACCUAAAAGCUAAAA